UUAACGCAAUCUCAUUUAUCAUUGCGUGCAGAUUAACGGGAACGUUCUUUUUGCCUUCGGGAACUUUAUCACAGUCUUGGCAAUCUCCGUGGACCGCUACUUGGCCGUAGUCUGGUCGGCCCGCUUCCCUCCUUCCCAAUCAAGAACCAUCGUCUUUAUCGUCUUCUGUUGGGUCGCCGCCAUUGGAUCCUCCUUUCCCUCCUUAUUCGGAGUCGUCUCUGCGAUUGGGUAUCAGGAAAUUUCCCACAGCUGCUCUCCAGAGUGGCAGGAAGACUGUUUUUAUUCCACGAUCCUCAACGUCAUCAUCUAUGUAGUCAUCGUACCUACGAUGGUUUUCUGCUAUGUUGGUGUGUUCUUGAACGUGUGGCGUCAACAACGGUUGCUUAGGUCCUACGCCGACGAGAAACCUAGUAUCAUGAGCAACGUAUGUUCCGUAGAAGACAACGACGAUGACGACCACGACCAUGUGACCCAUACUGACCAUGACAUGCAAAUGGAUGACAUUGACCAGUCGAUUGAAGGACCUACCUGCUCGGAUCUUACUCCAGGGCCUAUGGACUACUCCCAGUCUUCAAACAUCGAGGAGCCUGACGCUGAACAUGAUGAAGGAGAAAACGAGGAGAAAAAGACUAUUCAACAGGAAAAUAUGAUGACAGGAAUCAAGAAAAAAGAUCGUAGGUCUAUGCAGAAGAAACUCAACGUUGACAAAAGAGUUGCUCUGACUGGAACCCUCCUGGUGCUAACCACCUUGGUCUGUUGGUCACCGUACUGCAUCGUCUACUCUUGUCUUCUAUCCAUCAACAUCCCCCAUUGGAUGGGCGUGGCCACGGUGUGGCUAGGUUACUCCAACUCCCUAUUCGACCCUCUAAUCUACUCGUUCAUGAAUAGACGAAUUGCAGCCCGUUAUCGUGACAUGUUCAGACGUUGGUCGGUUGGAUUGAAUGCAGUAAUCAGAUGUAACUCCGGAGAAGCAUGAUUUUUUUCCAUGACAAAUAUAUAUAAAUGUGUUUGUUGUCCUUUAAAAAGAAGGGGGAAAUAACGCCAAUAGGAAACGUAGUCUUCAUAUUUAAAUUGUAUCAAGAUAAAUAGAAAACUGUUUUGCGUUAUUAUCAUGAGACGCCGAAUGAAAUUUGAAUGUUUGAAAGCUCAUAAUAAUCACUAAUAGAUAAGAAUCGGCAGUUGUCGAAAUGGUCGUAAUUAUGAUAGUGAUGACAAAAUUGUAACGUUGAAUAAAUCUUGCUUCGUAUACACGUUAAGUGUCUAAAUAAUAUGAU